AUGCCCACAACACAGUCCCGUCCUCCAAGGAGAUCUGUGUAUGGCAGGGAGGGGUUUGCACGUGGCACCGCCAAGAAGAACAGCAGCGGCGACAAGAGACACCACAUGGGCACCGAAGUUGCUGUUGCGGCGCCUGUGAGCGGUGACAACAUGCUGGAGGACACCCCAGCCUUCUUCUCCGGACUGACGGGAAUGAAAGGCGCCCGUAUGGUGGCGGCCCCGCACAAGGAGGAAGGUGGGGCGGAGGCAAUGCCAGGCGAAACGAUUCGUGUCAGCGGCACCAACAAGGAGUCAGGGAAGCAGACGCAAGACCGGGUGAUGUGGAUUGAACUGGGCCUCUGCAAGGCCCUUGUGCGGGCUGUCAGCCAUGUGGGGUUUCUCUCACCAACACCGGUGCAGGCUCAAGCCAUCCCAGCUAUUCUGAGCGGCAGCGACGUGUGUGCGCGUGCUGUGACAGGGUCGGGGAAAACGGGUGCGUUUCUGCUGCCGUUGCUCCACCUCCUCCUGACGCGUGCACCAUUUAAGCAGACACACAUGGGUGGUAAGCGUCGUUUCAUUCGCGCCAUCAUCUUAGUUCCCACUCGGGAAUUGGGCAUGCAGUGCCAGCACAUGCUGCAGCAGCUGCUCACUUUUACUACGGGCCUCAAUGUGGCCCUCGCAAUUGGUGGCGUGGCUCAGAGUGCCCAGGAGGCGGCACUCGAAGCGCUCCCAGAUGUUCUUAUCGCCACCCCUGGGCGGUUGGUUGACCUGCUGCACAACUACAAGGGUUCUCACGGCUCCUUUGAUGUCUCUGGUGUGGAGAUUGUCGUGCUCGAUGAAUGUGACAAGCUGCUCACGGUGACGCUGAAAGACCAAGUUGUUGAUAUUCUCAAGCGCGUCCCAGAGGAGACACGACAGGUGUUGAUGUUCUCCGCGACCAUGACGAGUGAUGUUGACGAGUUCGCUAAGGAGCAUCUGUUCGAGCCCAAGAAUGUGGACGUUGGACAUGUCGCGCUCCAGUCAAGGCUGCGGCAGCAGUUUGUCCGCAUCUGCCUCACCAGCGACAAGAGGACGGCAAUAGGGACGACAGCAGCGCCCCCGGCGGAGAGCUCCAGGGGCGAUGAGGCUGCAGGAGGGGAGAAGAGGCGCAUUCGCUCCAAGCGUCUCCGUGAUGCCGCGAGAGCAGAGGUCGCGGCACAGCCCAGUACUGAAGACGGUGCGGAGCAUAUCACGAAGAUCAAGUCACGCUACUUGGUGGCCCUCUGCCUUGGCUAUUUCCACGACAAGACGAUGAUAUUCACGCGCUACCGCACCACGACGCACCGGUUGCAUCUCCUCUUCACUGCGUUGGGCCUCGCGAGCGCGGAGCUGCAGGGUAACCAACAGCAGGAGGAGCGCUUUGCCUCUUUGCAGAAGUUUGCAUCCGGGGAGGUAAAGUAUCUCUUCUCCACCGACGUUGCGUCACGCGGCCUUGACAUUCAAGGCGUAUCGACAGUUGUCAACUUUGAUCUGCCGCCAACACUCACGGCGUACAUCCACCGCGUCGGCCGUACCGCCCGCAUCGGCGGCAGCGGUACGGCGGUGUCGCUUGUUGACGAAGCGUCCGAUGCCGAUAUCAUGCGGAAGAUCCUCGCUGUGAGCGGCGUGGUGAACAGCCACCAGGUGUCCUCUGUGAAGCGGCGCGACGUGCCGGACACGUUGCUCACCGACGCGGCGGCGAAGAUUGACGCGGUGUUCGCGCGAGUGCGGUCGCAGCUGGCGGCGGAGACGCUACAGGCGAAAAUCACGCAGGCGGAGCGGCGCUUCAGCGGCGCGGCGGAGAAGCUGCUCACCGACAGCGUUGCGGCGCAGCCAAAGAAGUCGUGGUGCCUCAGCCGCGCGGAGCGGAAGCGGCGCGACGAGGAGGCGCGGCGUGUGUACGAGAAGGAGGCGGAGGUCACCGUCAACCACUUCCAGAACGAGCUCGCCAACUGGAGUCGCGAUGAGAACGCAUUCCUGCAAAAGCAGAAGCAGACGCGGCGGCAGCAACGCGAAGCAAAAGAGCGGGCAAAGGAGAGGGUGAAGAGCACCACACGCGAGCUACGCCGCAAGUCAGAGCAGAAGCUCCAGGCCGGCGUCAUCAAGAAGCUGAAGAAAAAGAAGAUACGCGACGCACGCAAGGCUCGGCGUGCAGAGAGCCGAGAGAAGAACGGUAAGCCUGCCUACAAACAUCGUGAUGGAGCUAAGAGCAAGAAGAAGUCGCGACACAGAAAACGCGUCGCGAAGCAUUGA